CACUACACCAUCUAUGCCGUGUCCAUCACCAUCCGCAUCGUGCUAGGCUUCCUCCUCAUCGCGCUGAUCUGGAAGUUCGACUUUGCGCCAUUCAUGGUGCUCAUCAUUGCCAUCCUCAACGACGGCACCAUCAUGACCAUCUCCAAGGACCGCGUGAGGCCGUCGCGCACCCCCGACUCGUGGAAGCUCAACGAGAUCUUUGCCACCGGUAUCGUGCUCGGCACCUACAUGGCCAUCGUUUCCGCCGUAUUCUUCUACCUCGCACACGAUACCGACUUCUUCACGGACGCGUUCGGCGUUAAAUCGAUCAAGGAGAACGAUAGGGAGCUGAUGGCAGCGCUGUACCUCCAAGUAAGCAUCAUCAGCCAGGCGCUCAUCUUCGUGACGCGGUCCCGGAGCUGGUCCUUGGUGGAGCGGCCGGGCUUCCUCCUGCUCUUCGCAUUCUUCGCCGCCCAGCUGGUGGCGACGUGCAUCGCGGUGUACGCCAACUGGGACUUCUGCCGCAUCCAGGGGAUCGGCUGGGCGUGGGGCGGGGCCAUUUGGAUGUUCAGCAUGAUAACCUACAUCCCGCUCGACGUGCUCAAGUUCAUGAUCCGCGCAGCGCUCAGAGCAACAACGUCCAGAACAAGUCGAUGGGACACGGUUCGGAGUGGGGCGGGGAAGAAGGAGCCCACGGCGACCCGCGAGUUUCACGGCGGGGAGCAGCCCAUGGCGACGGUGGCACUGGAAAGUCUCCACGAACAAUGGUGGCCGUCAAGCGGGCCCCGCAUGUCUGUGGUCGAACGCGCUGGUGGACACGGAGAGAGGGGCAGUGGCCCACGCGACAUUGAGAGCAACCCAACGCCCGUGGUGAGAAGAACUGGGCAGUGGGUCCCGCCUGGCGGUGACUGGCGCACGGUUGAGAGAGUUGGGCUGCGUAGAGGAGUUCACAGGGUGGGCUGA